AUGGCAACUGCUCAGAAGCAAAGGAAUAGUGUGAGUGCAGUUGUAUUUCCUAACAAAAUCGCUACUGAGCAGCAAUCCCUGAUGCUUGUGAAGAGGCUUCUGGCAGUAGCAGUCUCCUGCAUCACUUAUCUCAGAGGAAUCUUUCCUGAAAGUGCCUAUGGAACAAGAUACAUGGAUGAUCUCUGUGUCAAAAUUCUGAGGGAAGACAAGAACUGUCCUGGCUCUACUCAGCUGGUGAAAUGGAUGUUAGGAUGCUACGAUGCCUUGCAGAAGAAAUACCUAAGAAUGAUUGUCCUGGCAGUCUACAGCCAUCCAGAAGAUCCUCAGACAAUUACAGAAUGUUACCACUUCAAAUUCAAGUACACCCACAAUGGGCCACUCCUGGAUUUCUGCAGUAAGAGUAAAAGGAACGAUUCCACCAUCACCUGUGCAGACACCAAGAAAGCAAGUUUGCUGCUCAUCCGCAAGAUUUAUGUUCUGAUGCAGAACCUGAGCCCAUUACCAAAUGAUGUUUGCCUGACUAUGAAGCUGUUUUAUUACGAUGAAGUUACACCGUCUGAUUACCAACCUCCUGGUUUUAAGGAGAGUGAAUGUGAGGGGAUGAUAUUUGAAGGGGAGCCAAUGUAUCUGAAUGUGGGUGAAGUGCCAACACCUUUUCAUAUGCUGAAAGUUAAAGUUACAACUGAAAAGCAACGGAUGGAAAAUGUUGAUCAAAGCAUCCUGAAGCAUGGAGAGACUAAUGUGCCUCUGCAGGUACUCAGAGGGGACAGAGAUGAUCCAGAGGAAGAGAACCAGGACAUGAAUGUAAGAAGCAGAGGGGAGCAGCAGGAAAAACUCCCUGGAAAUGCUGAUCUGUUGGAACCAAAUUUAACUUGUGAAGAAGAUGAAGUUACAAAGACUGGAGGGAACCAGAGUCUGAAUGUUUCUAAUCCUCAGGUUGAUCAUUUGGCGAAUAAGACGUCUGAACUUAAUAUGUCAGAGAGCAGGACAAGAAGUGGAAAGAUAUUUCAAGCCAGCACUGUUUAUCAGUUUGAACCCUCAUCUAGUCAAGAUGUGCUGCCAAAAAGGAGAAAGAUCAGUGAACCAAAGGAGCAGUUUUAG